AUGACGUUGGUGAGAGAGAGAAGGCACCAGCAUCCUCUCAGGCUAUCCUUACCACCACCCAUUCCAGCCCCCCAACUCCGUCACCGGAUUCCUUCCCCCUCCCCGUCGCCGUCCUUCUGUCUAGACUCUCUCAACAUCGACAGCCUCUCAGACCUCGAGAAGCUCGCCGUUCUCGGCCACGGCACUGGCGGCACAGUCUACAAAGUCCGCCACCGCCCCAGCUCCUCCCUCUACGCCCUCAAAGUCCUCCACCUAGGCCACGACGCCCUCCCCAUUCGCCAACAGGCCGCGCGGGAGGCCGAGAUUUUCAAACGCGUUGAUUCCCAGUUCCUGGUACGCUGCCACACCGUCUUCGACAACGCCCUGGUCGAAGCAGACGGCAUCGACGAUAGCCUCUGCUUCGUCAUGGAGUACAUGGAGGCCGGGUCACUCCACGACGUCUUGCGGGUCCGUCGGAGGCUGCCGGAGAAGGUAAUCUCCGGCUUGGCGAGGCGGGUGCUAGAAGGGUUGCACUAUCUGCAUUCCAUGCAAAUAGUGCACAGGGACAUCAAGCCUUCCAACCUCCUCAUAAACGGCAACGGCGACGUCAAGAUAGCGGACUUCGGGGUGAGCCGGGUGAUGGCCGGUGGCGGCUCGUGGGAGGCGUGGGAGUCCUGCGUGGGGACGUGUGCGUACAUGAGCCCGGAACGGAUCGACCCGGAGGGGUGGGGCGGAGGAGACGAGUUCGCGGGGGACGUGUGGGCGCUGGGGGUGGUGGUGUUGGAGUGCCACGUGGGGCAUUUUCCUCUGGUGCGGGCGGGGCAGAAGCCAGACUGGGCGGCGCUGAUGUGUGCGAUAUGCUUCGGGGAGAGGGAGGUGGAGGUGCCGGAAACGGCAUCGUCGGAGUUUCGGAGUUUUGUGCGGAGGUGUUUGGAGAAGGAUUGGAGGAACAGAGGGACAGUGGAGGAGCUUCUUGGUCAUCCUUUUACCAAUACAUGCUUGAGUUGCGAUCCGAUAGCAGGAUCGAUGCAUGCUUGGGUACUUAAUUAGGUUCAGUAAUUUUUUUCUUGAUUAGGUCUUAUUUGCGUUUUCUUGCUUCCUUUUUUUUAAGCUUUGUUUAAAUUAUUCAGAUGAAUAAUUGAAUGAAUGAGCUAGGAUUGAAAUUAAGUAGUUUGCGGAAUACAAAAUGUAAUUAAGUACGCACCUUUGAAUGUAAAUGUUAAUUCCUCUGUUUUUGGCCUGGAUAUAUGGUUUUCAUUAAUGGCGGGAUACAAGUAAAAUGUGUCGUUUUUGGUGCUUAA